AUGGAGAAUCAAACUGAUAAGAAGUUCAUUUGGGUGAGUUGGGUGAUAAAGAAUUUCUCCUCUUUGAAAUCUGCAAAAAUAUAUUCUCAUCAGUUCGUAUUAAAGUUUACUAAAGUUUUUUUUUUUUAUUAAAUGGUAAGAAGAGAAGUUGUUUACUAAAGUUUUUUUUUCUUCCAAUUUAGGUUUUUCAUGAUCAUCUCCUUGGUUUUGCUGAUUAUUUUUAAAUGGUUAGACCAGGAGACUACUAGCUGGGGUUUUCCAGAAAUGAUUACCCUUACCGAACUUAAUGCCAAAGAAGGAUUUCUGGUGAAUGAUGAACUCAUUAUUGUUGCCAAAGUUGAUGUUCUUGAAGUUGUAGGUAAAUUAGACGUAUCAGAGGAAUCUUCACCAGUAAAUGAGACCAUAUAUGUCAAAGGGUUUCAAGUCCUUCCUUCACAGGUAGAAUCUGUGAACCGUUUGUUUGAAAAACACCAAGAUAUUGCAUCAAAAUUUCGUCCAAAGAAUCCAUUCCUGAAGACGGCGUACAUGAGUCUCCUCCUAAGCUUAACACAGGUGUUGUGUCAAUCGCCUCAGAAAAUCUCCGAAGAUGAUCUGGCAGAGCAGUAUGCUGCUCUGGCAUACCUGACAGAUGCAGGGUUUGAGUUGGGCUGGUUGGAGAAGAAACUUGAUGAAGUAAAAGAAAAGAAGAGUAAAGAGGAGGCUUGUUUGGCACGGCUACAAGAAAUGGAGGAACAACUUAAGCCAUUGAAGCAGAAGUGCUCAGUCGUCGAAGCUGACAUGGAUAAGGAGAAGGUUGAGUUGUUGGCAGCUAGAGCUCCUGUCUCCUUGUAUGAUGACGAUGUUGUCUGA